AUGCCGGGGGUCAAAUGUUCCGUCUUUAGCUGUGGUUCGUGUAAAAGGACUAAGGGAAUGGGUAUUUGGAAGCUACCCUUAGCAAAGGACGAAGCACAUGGAAAAUGGCGAGACGAAUGGCUUGGCGAGAUAAAAAAGACCAGAGAAAUGGAUCAGAAUUUCAGGGAACAGUUAAAGAACGACAGAAUUUAUACUUGUGAGAGGCAUUUUGCGCCUGAAGAUAUCGAAAUAUGUAAGUAUACUUAUUCCUUUGAUUGUGUGAAUUUUAUUUGUGUUUUUCGUAUAUUUCUUGACGGCCCUUGACCGGUGCUUUGAUCUGCUGUCUGAAGUUCUUUCUGAAAGCGGACAUAGUUUUUGUCUAACUAUUUCGAAAUAUGACAAUUUUAACCUUUCUCUCAUAGUUCACUCAGAGAAAAUGACCAAAAAGAAGCCCAGAUUUGGUGCUUUACCGACGCUAAACUUGCCAAAGAAACGUCAUGAAAGCCGCAAGCCUACACCACGUCCGGAACGAUCGAUUGUAAAAGAUAACAAGGAGCCUCUUCCAAACCGUUAUUAUAAGGGAUUUAACGAACUUUGUCAGGGAGUUAAAAGCCUAAAAAGCCUUAAAAAUUGGAAAAUGAAGAUCAAGGAGGACAGCACAUUGCUGAAGAAAAGGUUGGAUCCAUACGUGCUUCCACAGUUGGAAAUUGUUGUGGAUGACAGUCUUGGCUUUACUGUGAAGGUUUUUGGUUCAUAUUUACCAGAGGAUCAUCCUAUAUACCUCCAGUAUCGCCGAACAGUGCAAAAUGUUACUGUGUCCAACUUAAUUAAGGAACUGGAGGGGUACAGAUUGUGUGAUGGAGUUUCAACUUUGGAACUUAGUGGCAAAAUGUUUCAUCAUGUCAUACCAGUAAUUCAUGAUUCACUUGGGGAAGAAGAAGAGGAGCAGCAGUUCCCACAUAGGGGAUUUUGGAGAGCCAAAGGGUGUCUGCUGUUGUACCAGCAAGUUGAUAUCUGCAAUGAAUGUGAUGAAUUUGUAAGCUCUGUCGAAAAUGCAAGGAAAGGAAAAGAAAGUCGAUCAGCAAAACCUGCACAUGUUAAAGCACCCCUCUACUAA